AUGUAGCACAUUAGUAAAGAGAAAGAGUAGUAGUAUCAGUAAUAUAUGGAGUUGGAGAAGGAGGUUAUGGGCACUCUGGCCAAAGUCAGACAAUAUGAGGCUUCAAUGACUUAACUAAAAAAAAAUAUUCAGAAAUGUCAAAUUACAUUGAAGGAACUUGGAAGUAUUGAGGAACAAAAGACCUAUCAGCCUGUAGGUAAAUGUUUUAUUCUUAAACCAAAAAAAGAUAUUGCAAAUGAGGUUUUAGAAAUUAUUAAAUCUCACGAAAAAGACAUUGAUGAGUAUGAAAAAGUCAGAUAACAUCUAAUUACGAAAGGAAAAGAAAAGGAAACAUAAUUACAAGAAGCAAUGAAAGCAUUAAAAAUUUGA